UCUCGAUAUAAGUAUUCGUCAGUAACCCAGCAUGCUCAUUUCACAUAUAUCACACGAUUUCUUUCCUCUACCUGGACAUUUCUCAUGUCCUUCACACUCAAAAACGACACCUUAGCGCAAGCCUACCUUCACAAGGUCCAAGGUCAUCCUGGUGUCUAUUGUAUCGCUUUAAACCGACCAAGGUCCAGGAAUGCCAUAUCAGUACAGCUGCUCAAGGAUAUCCAAACUUCGUUAGAACUAGCCAUAAACGAAAAAGGGCUUAAUGUGUUGAUAUUCUACUCAUCAACUUCUGGUUCAUUUUGCUCUGGAGCUGAUCUGAAAGAGAGACGUACGAUGACGGAAGCACAAGUCCGCGAAUUUCUCGCAAACAUCCGCAAUGUCUUUAACCACAUAGACGACCUGCCGUUUCCCACUAUCGCUGCUAUCGACGGUCCUGCAAUGGGCGGAGGGCUUGAGUUGGCACUGGCAUGCGAUUUCCGGAUCGCGGCAAGUGAAGUCGACAAGAUAAGUUUUCCUGAAGUUCGGCUCGGGAUUAUUCCUGGCGCAGGGGGGACUCAGCGUGCACCACGACUGAUCGGCAUGACAAAGGCUAAAGAACUGAUAUUUACGGGAAAAGAAUUGGUGGCGCACGAAGCUCUUGACCUUGGUGAUUCUCAUUCCUUCCUUGCUGCCUCAUCUUGCUCGAUGAAUUCUCCCCUUUAGGCUUAGUCGACUACGUAGCUUCGCCUGGAUCAACAGCAUUCCAGCGUGCUCUACAACUCGCAGACGAAAUGGCGCUGAGUGCACCACUCGCUUUGCGAGCAGCGAAGGCCGCGUUAUCUAGGUCCCUCGAUACACCCCUUGAUAUCGCGCUGGAUUAUGAACUGGCCUGCUAUGAACCUCUUUUAAAGACGAAGGACCGUGUGGAGGCCUUAGUCGCGUUCCGGGAGAAGAGAACACCAGUUUUCAUAGGAGAAUGAGCAUGAUCCUGCCUCACCCUAUCAUCUACAUCUUUUUGUUUUCUGUAUUGCGUCGGAGAUUACAUUAUUUACUUGAUGACACACCAGAUGUAGAAUGAAACGGUGCGGACGCGGGACAUGGCCUUGGUAGACUAUUGGGCCUUACGGGUGUUUCGUGAUUUACACGCAGUACCUUUUCUGAAAAUUUCGCCCACUGCUACUUGUAUUAAACAAGUAGUUAAGUACCAGUGGUAGUAGACCGCCACGUCCGAUAGAUAGAUAGAUUCUACACAUGUACAGACCGACAGUCGGAGAAGCGGGUAAUCUUUCUGCAUCUGAGUCUUAUCAGAUCAAUGCAAUUAUCAGA